AUGACGCGAUUCUGGUGGGAUAAUAAUGAGAAUGAGAAAAAGAUGGCAUGGGUCGCUUGGGAAAGGAUAGCGAAACCAAAAUCUGUUGGUGGGCUGGGUCUCCGCGACUUUCAGAAGUUUAACGACGCCUUACUUGCCAAGAUUGGAUGGAGGAUGAUCCAGAAACCAGACAGCCUGCUCUGUAAAACGCUGUCACUACAAGAAAACACAAGAUUAACGAUGAAAAUUAACGAGGAAAACUGGUCCUCUGUGUUGGGUAAGUACUGUCCUGGAGGCUCCAUCCUCACCGCCACAGAAGCAUCAGUCAUGUCACAUGGAUGGCGUAGUGUGCUGCUUGGCCGAGACCUUCUUCUGAAAAACCUGGGUUGGGCAGUCGGAGAUGGAAAAUCUAUCAAUGUGUGGCGUGACCCUUGGCUCUCCAUGAGCAAACAAGCAAGACCAAUGGGACCCCCGGGAGAGCAAGCAGUGGAUCUCACGGUAGCAGACCUGAUGGUACCAGGGGGGCAGCAAUGA